CCUUCUCUCUCUCUCUCUCUCUCUCUCUCUCACACUCAUAUCUGCAACUUAUUUGGCGUCAUGGGAAGUGAAAACCUGGCCCCCCACCUUCCAGCUCUUUUCAUGGGCUCCGCCACCUCUUUUGCUCCUUUGACUCCACUUUUCUUGGUCGCUUUGAACCUUUCAAACUCUCUCAAUAAAUGGUGGUUAGCGAGUGUUUGCCUCAUUUCCUUGUCUCUCCAUUCAUAUCGCUUUAGGGAUCUUAAGAAAAGCUUGCAACUCCAUAAUUGCAAACUUUUUUAGCUGAAAAAGGAGCUCAAUUUGAGUUGAAUUUAAUGGAAGGGCCAUCAAAGAAAGAUCCUCCUCCUUCUGGUUUAGCAUUGGGGUUUGAGGAUUUUCAUGGAAGGCGUUGGAAAGAGGCUGUGAUCAGUCGGCUUAACCAGGAAAUCAAGUUUAUGGAGGAAGAGCUAAAAGAACUCGAUGGUCUAGCCCCAGCCUCCACAACUUGGUCAUACAGAAAGUUGAAACUGCCCCAGAUCCUCUCCUUCCUAUUGCCGGAGCUGCUGUGAACCCUGCUUGGGACCGAUGGUUUGAAGGAAGUCAUGGCUCCCGUACCAAUCGAUGGUGGCUCCACAAACGAAACUAAACCACUGCAAUCUUGCCUACUUGUAAUAUGAAGUUAAGUUUUGGAGUUUAUUUCCUAGAUUGAUAAUCAAUCUUGCCUACUUGUAAUAUGAAGUUAAGUUUUGGAGUUUAUUUCCUAGAUUUUUAUCUCCCAUUUCAUGCUUUCGACUUUGUAAUUGCAAUGACCAAUGCCCAUCGAGCUCUUCCAGUGAA